UCAAGGGUGAUUCAGGUUCCUGGCGAUAUGUCAAGCUCCUGGAUACUUAUCUAGCUGCUCUUCCAUUCCUUCCUCCCCUCAGGGCGAAGUGGACAUCCCAUCCCGUCUUCCUGUCUGAAGAAAUCGCGGCACCUAAGCUUAGGCCAAGAUGACGUAUCACGGACUCCCUACGUGGCACGUUUCCUUGGAGCUCUCCGACGAUGUUGGAGGCUUCGACUUCAACACCCUGCCGACAGCAGGCUACACGGCCGGCAUCGAUGGUUCAUUCUACGCGCCGUCUGAUUCAGCCUACGCCCCCUCAAGCUACGGUCCUCUUACGCCAAGCUCUGACCAGUCAACUCCCUCUUUCUCGGGUUCCUUCAACUUCGGUUCUUCGUUCGCUUCAUCCGUGGACCCGGUUCCGUUUGAUCUUGGUCUUACUCCGCCUCCAUCGACGACAUAUACGCGCUUACCUAUGACGCCUAUGUCCGACAGUUUCUCUGAUUCUGCCUAUCAUGUUUUCCCCGCCACGCCCACCAGACAGCUUGGCUUCACGGGCCAAGCGCUUAGCACGCCCGGUAGUCAACUGGCACCUUCACAGACCAUGGACUAUCUCGUCAGCCAGCUCGGUUCUCAGAGUCUCAUCUCGGCUCCUUCUGCCGUGACCCGGCUUGACCGCUCGCCGAACGCAGUCUCCCAGUGGACGUACCCGAAUAGUCCCAUCAGCCUCGAUCGAGAAUCUCCUAAGAGUGUCAACAGCAACGACUCUCGUUCCAAGAGGGCGCCCAGCUCGGAGGACGAUGCGAUGGAAGACGUGUCAGCGACUACUUCCAGGAGACGGGCCCUGCUCGCGGGGGCUCGGCAGAGGACGACUGCACUUCGGCAACAAGUCGAGCAGUGGUCGCCAGCCAGCCCAACCAGCAUGCACGUACGGAUCAAGAGAGAAAGGAAGACUCGCGUGGCAGUACCGAAGGAUGGUGAAUCGCCCCUGACCAGUGUGUCGCGUCGCGGGACAUUCAAGUGCAUUUUUGGAUGCAAGAAGGUCUAUCUCAGGAAGGAGCACAUGGUGCGGCACGUGAAAACAAAACACGACUCGGAGGGCAAUAAAUACGACACGGAGGCAGAGAAAGUUCUUUACUGCAACUGGUGCCCGCACAAGACCAACCGGGAGGAUAAUUGGCGCUCCCAUCUCAAGUUGCACAUACAGGAGAGACCCACAACGGGCGGGAACAAGCCGCGGGUUCAAUAUUUCGAAGGCGCGGUGCUGGAAUAUCAAGAGGUGAUGAAAAGAAUCCAUCAGAAGCGAAAGGGCACGAAGCCCAAGAAGCGCUCUAACUCAGCUGCAUCAAUGGGUAUGGACAGGUUGGAUGGAAAUGGGUAUCGGCGCUUGGGCGUUGGACAUGGAGCCCGGCACACGAUCACGAUGACUGGAUAAGAACGACCCUCUGUAACAGGUGAUUUCUAAUGUGGGUUAUUCGGUUGAACAGGUACAUGGGAAUGAUACGGGAUAUGAACGGAGUUAGUGUGUUCGACAUAGACUCGCCCUGGUUGGAAGGUUGGUCAUGGGUAAUGUACUGUCAGGCUGUCUCUCUCAAACUGAAAAGCCGGAAUGGGCUGGCAAAACAUAGUG